UGGCAAAUGUCCUUGUAAUAAUGGUUUUGAUUUGUUGGAGAUUCCAUAUUGACUGGAAUCUCUCCUACUUUGUAAUUCAAUUUUAUGAGGUUGAAUUAUGUUUAAAGUGCUUUUUCUAAGAGGGCAUGUCUGCAUAUACCAUUUACCCCCUCUGACGUCGAUCUCUCCUAUUUUAUCUGCAUUAAUGUAUCAUUGAAAUAGUGGGCACAGGAUGUGGUAUCUGAGUUAUUGCAGUUUAAUUUCCCAGGAGCGACUCCCUGAAGCUCGUGUUGUUUAUUGCUCAGCAACUGGAGCUUCUGAACCUCGCAAUCUGGGUUAUAUGGUUCGACUUGGUCUUUGGGGAGAUGGGACAUCCUUCUUAGAUUUUCGUGAAUUUCUAGGUGCUUUGGACAGAGGGGGUGUUGGAGCUCUUGAAUUAGUUGCCAUGGACAUGAAAGCAAGGGGUAUGUAUUUAUGUCGGACGCUCAGCUAUGAAGGUGCAGAGUUUGAAGUAAUUGAAGCACCUUUAGAAGAGAAAAUGAUGGAAAUAUAUAAAAAGGCAGCUGAAUUUUGGGCUGAAUUACGAGUAGAAUUGCUGUCAGCCAGUGCCUUCCUAAAUGAUAAACCUAAUUCUAGUCAGCUAUGGCGCUUAUACUGGGCAAGCCAUCAGCGUUUCUUUAGGCACCUAUGUAUGUCUGCUAAAGUCCCUGCUGCUCUGAGAUUAGCAAAGGAAGCGUUAGCUCAAGAAAAAUGUGUAGUCAUUGGUCUUCAGAGCACUGGAGAAGCAAGGACAGAGGAAGCUGUGACAAAAUAUGGUUCUGAGCUUGAUGACUUUGUUUCUGGACCUCGAGAAUUGCUGCUUAAAUUUGUGGAAGAAAAUUACCCUUUGCCAGAAAAACCUGAACUUCUCCCAGGAGAAGAUGGGGUGAAAGAACUCCAAAGGAAGAGGCACUCUGCAACUCCUGGUGUUUCAGUAAAAGGCAGAGUCAGAAAAGUAGCCAAGUGGCAACCUCCUAGUGAUGCUGAAAGUGAUGAAGAAUCUGAUACUGACUCUGGUGUUGAAUCUACUGACUCUGAUGAUGAGUUUCAAAUAUGUGAAAUUUGUACUACUGAGGAGGAAAGGAAAAAAUUGCUACAGUGUUCUUGCUGCGGUAAAUUAGUCCAUUCCACAUGCUUGAUGCCACCAAUUGGUGAUGUAGUUCCUGAAGAGUGGUCAUGCCAUUUGUGUAAGGAAAAAACAGAUGAAUAUCUCCAAGCAAGACAGGCCUACAUAGCUGAACUUCAAAAGAGGUAUGAUGCAGCGUUGGAACGGAAGACAAAAAUAUCAGAGAUAAUUCGGUCUUUGGAUCUGCCAAAUAAUCCUUUGGAUGAUAUUGUUGAUCAGCUAGGAGGCCCUGACAAAGUUGCAGAAAUGACAGGAAGGAGAGGAAUGCUUGUGAGGGCUGCUACAGGCAAGGGUGUAACCUAUCAGGCUCGUAAUACAAAAGACGUGACCAUGGAAAUGGUUAACAUGCAUGAAAAGCAGCUCUUUAUGGAUGGUAAAAAGUUAGUUGCUAUUAUCUCUGAGGCAGGAUCUGCUGGCGUUUCAUUGCAGGCCGAUAGACGAGCUGCAAAUCAGAAAAGAAGAGUUCAUUUGACCCUGGAACUUCCAUGGAGUGCUGACCGUGCAAUUCAACAGUUUGGAAGAACGCAUCGAUCAAAUCAAGCUUCUGCACCCGAGUACAGGAUACUCUUCACAAAUCUUGGUGGAGAACGAAGAUUUGCAUCAAUUGUUGCCAAAAGAUUAGAAUCUCUUGGUGCUUUGACUCAGGGUGACCGCAGGGCUGGACCUUCAUUAAGUGCUUAUAAUUAUGAUAGUGCCUAUGGAAAAAGGGCUCUGAUGAUUAUGUACAAAGGAAUAAUGGAGCAGGAUUCUCUGCCUGUGGUACCUCCGGGAUGUUCAUCUGACAAACCAGAUACAAUUCAUGAUUUUAUUGUGCAAGCAAAAGCUGCUCUUGUGUCUGUUGGAAUAGUAAGGGACACAGUCCUUGGUAACGGUAAAGAUCUUGGAAGAUUAUCUGGUCGCAUUAUUGAUUCAGAUAUGCAUGAAGUUGGGCGGUUUCUCAACAGGAUUUUGGGACUACCUCCUGAUAUUCAGAAUGGGCUAUUUGAGUUAUUUGUUAGUAUCUUGGAUCUUCUUGUUCGGAAUGCUCGCAUUGAAGGUAACCUUGAUGCCGGCAUUGUUGACUUGAAAGCUAAUGUAAUUGAAUUGCAAGGGACUCCAAAGACUGUUCAUGUUGAUCAAUUGACUGGGGCCUCAACAGUUUUGUUUACAUUCAUCUUAGAUCGUGGGAUCACAUGGGAGUUGGCAACUACAAUGCUGAAUGAAAAGCAAAGGGAUGGGCUUGGUUCCACCAAUGAUGGCUUCUAUGAGUCCAAGAGGGAGUGGUUGGGAAGACGCCAUUUCAUUUUAGCAUUUGAAAGUUCAGCCUCGGGUAUGUAUAAAAUAGUUCGACCCCCUGUUGGAGAAUCAAACAGGGAGAUGCCUCUGUCUGAAUUAAAAAGUAAAUAUAGAAAAAUUUCGUCUUUAGAGAAGGCUCAGUCUGGUUGGGAAGAGGAAUAUGAAGUUUCAUCCAAACAGUGUAUGCAUGGUCCCAAUUGUAAGAUUGGCAACUUUUGUACAGUUGGUAGAAGACUACAGGAAGUAAAUGUCUUGGGUGGCCUCAUCCUUCCUGUGUGGGGAGCCGUAGAAAAGGCCCUUUCAAAACAGGCCCGUCUAAGCCAUAGGAGGUUACGCGUUGUACGCAUUGAAACUACUGUGGACACCCAACGUAUUGUUGGGCUUCUUGUUCCUAAUGCAGCAGUGGAAACUGUGCUUCAAGAUUUAGCAUGGGUUCAAGAAAUUGAUGAUUGACAUGUGACAGUAGGAUUUGCUCAACUUUUUUUUAGCGAAGUUUGAAUUUCGGUACCACCUUUUGGCAGUUGCUUGCGCUACCAUAUUUGGUGUCUUCGAAUGUCGACAAGCAAUUAAUUUUAUUUUAUUUUUUUGGAAAAGGCUCUACAUUGACGCAGAAUUUUUUUGAGGGGAAGGCUCAAUCUCUUCGGCCCGCAACACAAUUGUGCAGUCUCAAUUUUAGUAUUAUUUUGUCACCCAUUUAGGGAUGUAAUUCGAUUUUGUAUAUUUGUAAAGAUGAUUCACUGAAAAAGCGAAACAGUAGAUAGCUAGGUUGUAUCACAUAUAGUCCAGUCAAUCUGAACUAGUUUGUAUCAGAUAUCACGAAUGAUUACUGAAAUCAUAAUUGAAGUAAAUAUUCCUUUUGAGCAA